CACGCAUGGGCAUGGCCAAAUCCACUUUCCAAAGCUGCUGCAGCCUUGCAGACGGUUUCUUGCACUCUCCACUCCAAACGCUCGUCUGCUCUGGCUUGGCCUACUGCAGCACACCACCGCACCACCGUUCCACUGCACAACCGUCACAUGAGACUUGGCACCACGGCUCCUCACUCACUUUUCCCCUCUUCGUGUUCUCUUGUCAGCCUCCACAGACGCACCCGUCCCUCCUCUCCAGUCCCCUCGCACAGUCACAAUGCAUUUCGCCAUUGCCUAGUUCAAAAGGCCUCUCAACAGUACCUGCCUGCCUCGUACAAAGGCAGACAGCGCCGUGCCAUUAUGCAGCACAUCUAGGCCUAGCUAGCUAGUAGGCUUCUUCACCAGCUCGGAAGAGGAUUCGCCCACCAACUAGCUAGCUCUUUGCAGGCUCUUGCUGCAUUCCCCAUGGGAGGCUUCAUGAAGCAGAUCCGUAGCUUGUUGGGGGCGAUCAAUGGCGGGCACAGGAAGAAGAAGAAGAAGAUGCAGCGGCGCCAGGUGCAGGCGGUGGAGCUCAGGGUCAGGAUGGACUGCGAGCGAUGCGAGCGCGAGGUCAAGAAAGCGCUCUCCAGCAUGAGAGGAGUGCAGCAUGUGGAGGUUAACAGGUUGCAGCAGAAGGUGACCAUCACUGGCGAGGUGGACCCGCACGCGGUGCUGCGGAGGGCCCAGUCCACAGGGAAGAAGGCGGAGCCGUGGCCCCAGAAUCCCCCGGCGGCCGUGGCCCUCUACGGCAUUGGGGUGGCCCAACUCCAGGCCCACGACAACAGGUGGGCGCCGGCGCCGGCGCCGGCGUCCGCUUGCUACUACUACCCGAGGAGCGUGGAGGCGGGCAUCGGCGCCGAGCAGAUCACCAACCUGUUCAGCGACGACAACCCCAACGCCUGCUCCGUCAUGUGAUGUGACGCGACGCUUACAUGUGUCGGACACGGUAAUUCAGCUAUCAGGUUUCUGGUUUAGACAGCAGCAGGAGUAGCAGUAGCAGUAGUGCGGCAGUAACCAGUAAAGCUAUAGAGAUAUGGUGGCAUCUCAUCGUCACUGCCAUAUCUUGUGAGGUUUGUGUGUGGUUAAUGGAAGAAA